AUGCUUUUAAAAUUAGGCUUACCACGUAUUACUACAAGAUCACUAGCAUCUGCCGCUAAACCUACUGAGGUGCAGCGUUUAAAAACCUUCAAAAUCUACAGAUGGAACCCUGAUACUCCUUCUGAGAAGCCAUAUUUGAAAUCUUAUCAAGUUGAUUUGAACAAAUGUGGGCCAAUGGUUUUAGAUGCAUUAAUUAAGAUUAAGAAUGAGCAGGAUCCAACUCUAACUUUCAGAAGAUCCUGUAGAGAAGGUAUUUGCGGUUCCUGUGCUAUGAAUAUUGGUGGUCGUAAUACUUUGGCAUGUUUGUGUAAAAUUGACCAAAAUGAAAAUAAACAAAUGAAAAUUUAUCCUUUGCCUCAUAUGUAUGUGGUCAAGGAUUUGGUUCCAGAUUUAACCAACUUUUACAAGCAGUAUAAGUCCAUCAAGCCAUUUUUGCAAGCUAGCAAACCUAAAGAUGGCAAGGAGAACUUGCAGAGCAUUCAGAACCGUCAGAAACUAGAUGGUUUGUAUGAAUGUAUUCUUUGUGCUUGUUGUUCCACCUCGUGUCCAUCAUACUGGUGGAACAACGAACAAUAUCUAGGGCCUGCAGUGUUGAUGCAAGCCUACAGGUGGAUGAUUGAUUCCAGAGAUCAGGCUACAGAAGCAAGAAAAGAAAUGUUACAGAACUCCAUGUCUAUAUACCGUUGUCACACCAUCAUGAACUGUACCAGAACGUGUCCUAAAGGGUUAAACCCUGGUCGUGCAAUUGCAGAGAUUAAGAAGUCUUUGGCCUUUUCUUGA